AUGGCAUUUAGUGUAGAGGAAAAGACAAUGUUGGUGGUUGGAUGUAUCACUGCAUUCAGUGUAUUGGUAUUUGUAACACAUUUGGUGGUUGUCUAUCUAUUGUCUAGAAAGAAUGUUAGAGAACAGGCUGCAACACUAGAGAUGAAUGGCGACAUUGCAAUGAAGAAAAAUAAGGACGAUGUGGUGGAAGACGGAACGAUAGACCAAUUUAUCGAAUUUAAGAGUAGGAGAAAUUAUCGUUUGGUAAUGGUAUUGUCGACGAUUGCAUUGGUGUUGUUUGAAUUGACGUUGCUGGUGUUGGUCAUGUUUGAUCAUUUACAUAUAGCUGCUGGUAUAGUUAUUAUGGUGGUGGUUGGUUGGGUACACUGGAUCUCGAUUAUGACACCGUCGAGCAAUAAGAUGGUGGCACAGACUAUUCAUUUACGUGCGCCUGUAAGAUGGUGGAAACGUACUUUGUUCAAGUUGCGCGAGAGAAAGAGAUUCUAUGUACCUGGAUUCCUGGCUAUUCUCGUGGCGGUGUUGGUACUAUGUAUUGUGUUGGAAGGUACGUGUGAGGAGAACCUGUCGCUGCGUGACACACGUAUCAUGCGACGAUACAUGACACCAACCUGUGAAAAGGGUGCGCCGUGUCUAGUGUACCUGACACUCAACGAGCAACCUCAUAACAGCGUCAUUGUCAACUACCAUACGCCUGUCCUCCCAUCCACCCCGUCAACCUGUCGCUAUGACGAGGUGUCACGUGUCAACUCUACUACAAUGUAUGCAAAUCAAUCGACUGGUGAUAGUUAUAGUAUGCCGUUAGAGGUCGAGCGUCAUGUACAUUGGGUGCAUGUGACGGGACUGGAGCCCGACACGAUAUACUAUUUUUCGUGUGGGUCGGAUGACCAUGGAUGGAGCAGCGAGCGAUCGUUCAAGACUGCUCCACUCGACCCAACCUCUUCAUUUAGAUUUGUGGUUGGAGGAGACGUUGAUAUCACCGACGAAGCAACCGGUAUUGCGCGUGUGGCAGCUGCACAAGACCCGCUGUUUGCCAUGAUUGGCGGCGACCUUGCAUACGACCGUGCACAGUAUGCGUGCUACCGUGUGCUGGACAAAUGGCUCGACAACUGGCAACGCAUCAUGAUCACUCCAUCUGGACAGUCCAUUGCCAUGGUCGCAUCGAUUGGCAACCACGAAGCGAUCGGAGACUAUGACGCAUCGAAAUCACGUGUUCCAUUCUUUCUCCGAUACUUUCCACAAUUCCUCCAGUCCCAAGAUCCAGGACCCGACAAUGUCGACGAUCGUCAACCAUACAACGCUGUCACUAUCGGUGGUACCAACGGUACCGUCAUCUUUAACCUAGACAGUGGACACACCUCACAUUCCAUGUCAGGUCAAGCCGACUGGAUGAAACAACGUCUCGAUACUGACUUUAUCAACUCACAACUCAGAUUCUCAAUCUACCACGUACCCAUGUACCCAACCAUUCGUACCUAUGAUAACCCCAAAUCUUCAGAUGUUAGAUCGGCCUGGUUAUCAAUCUUUGAUCAAUACAGAUUCAAUAUUGCAUUUGAAAAUCAUGAUCAUGCUUAUAAACGUACCCACCCUCUAUACAAUGAUCAAGUUGUUACCAAUUCUUCCAUUUCAAAUACUUCUACUACAUACAUGGGAGAUGGAGCAUGGGGAGUACAUCUAAGAUCUUUACCAAGUACCAGAUGGUAUCAACAAAUUACUAAAAGUGUAAAUUAUAUAUUAAGAGUAGAUAUUGAUCCAACAAACACUAGUAAUCGUAUUAGUUUUAGAGCACUUGAUGAAAAUUCAGAGAUAUUUGAUCAAGGUAUUCUUGCAUAUUUUUAUUUGUUUCGUUUUACAAUUAAAAGAAGAAGAUCUUCAGUUGACGUCCGAACAAAUGUAUCUGUAUUGUCAGUAUCUUUUGCAAAAAAGACCAAUGCACCACCUACACCAACUACAUGGGUAAUUGUUGAAGCAUUUAAUGAAGGGGGAUGCCCUGCAUCAUCGAGCAUUGGUGGUUUGGUGAUUGGAUCAAAUGUUGUUUGUUAUAGACAACAAGUAUUGUCAUGCUCACCCACUGGCAACACUGUCACUAUCUCUAAUUUUGACACUGAAGAUUGCUCUGGCAGUCCUUCCAACUCGACCACCUUUAUAACUGAUCAAUGUGGUGCCACCGCCGUUUGGGGAUUUACCAAGACCUACAGUUGCAGUUCGACCCUACCACCACAACCCGAGAGAUCAUUGAUCAUUUCAAUCUUUGAUGGAUGUCAAACCGUACCACCACAACCUUCACAACUCACCCAAUACCGUUGGAUUCCAACCUACAAGUGUAUGACAUUGGAAAGAUGUGGUAUGCAUUGUCCUGGUCUCGCUCCGUCCGGAGGGCCUACAUCAAGUGCCAGCGGUAGUGCUUCUGGUAACUCGGGUAACCCUGCUGGUAGUACUGGUAGUACUAGUGCUAGUGCUAGCGCUGGUAGUGGGGGCUCAGGUUUAGGAUGGAAUAAACCUAGUCCAAGAGACAGCGGCAGCAGCAGUAGUAAAGAUUCAACAAAAGGAGGCUCUUCAUUCUUUUCAGAGCAUUAUACUACACCAGAACAAAAGAUGGAUCAAUUUUGGGGUCUUGUAGAUUCCAUCAUUGGUUUUGAUAGUCCAGAUCAUAAUGCUGAUUUAUUUGAACAACAACAACCAUUUGAACAAGAACAAUCAUUUAGUGUCACUGGAAGUGGAUUUUCUACUGGUAGUGGAGCACCCUUUGGUGGAUAUAAUGUAGAUGGUGCAUUCUUUGGUUUGGUACUUUGUAAUAGUACCAAUUAUAUGGUAGGUAGCUAUUUCAAUGGGUUCCAAGAAACUGGAUCCGGAGGAUCUACACUUACCAGUGGAAAGUAUUCAUCGGGUGAUCCAUACUAUACGUCAACUGGUGGUUCUCAAAUGACUGCAUUACCAGCCCCCGUCUAUCCUACUAGUAGUACUGCCUCCUCACUUGCUACUAGUUCUAGUGCUACUAGUGGUAGUAAUAGUGGUAGUAAUAGUGGUGCCUCAUCUUCAACCUCUGGUGAUGCAGUUUCUUCAUCCACUGCUCCUAUCAAUGGAUGUGGAGUAUUUCAAAAUACAAAGAAAUCAGCCAAGAAUGAUCAACAAUGUAUCCAAAAUCAAUUGUACUCGAUUACUUGUGUUGCUCCCUAUCAUCAAACUCCUGUACCCUCUGAAAUUAAAGAAUUGGCAGGUUCACUCGUCUUGUUCAAAAAAGUUGUAGUGUCGAAUAAAUUAUGUCACCUCGCGACAUGGAUCGAAGCAUGUCCAUCACCACCGCACAUCCCAUCAACCAACCGAUUAAUGUCGCACAAUGGUGUUUCGUUUGCAAAAAACACACCACCUGCUCGUUGGUUUAAGAAUAACAAACAAGACAAACAAGAAGAAGAAGAAGAAGAAGAGGAAUUAGAAAAAGAGGGAGCAUUGAAGAAGAGAGGAGGAGGAGGAGUAAGAAGACAAAGAUAG